GCAAAUUGCGUUCUACACCGGUCCUACAGUUGGUGGCCUCCUGAAUGCUACAUGCGGUAAUGCAACAGAACUUAUUAUAGCUCUGUUUGCACUGCACAAGGGCAAGAUCGAAGUGGUCAAGUGCUCCCUUAUUGGGUCAGUCCUCUCCAAUUUGCUACUUGUUCUUGGUUCCUCCCUCUUCUGUGGUGGCAUUGUUAAUCUCCGUAAGGAGCAAACAUUUGACCGGAAACAAGCUAACGUAAACACAAGCCUCCUGAUGCUGGGAGGCCUUUGUCACAUUCUUCCACUGUUGUUCAGAUAUGCUGUAAAUUCCAGCGAUCAAAUUGUAUCCACUGCCCCUACUCUGGCAUUGUCAAGGGUAUGCAGCAUUGUGAUGUUAGCCACCUAUGUGGCUUACCUUUUCUUCCAACUGAAGACGCAUCGCCAGCUAUUUGAAUCACCGGAGGAGGAUGACAGUGAUGAUUUGGUCUCUGAAAAUGAGAGAGUCAUGGGAUUUCCUAGUGCAUUUGCUUGGUUGGUGAGCAUGACAAUUGUCAUUGCAAUACUUUCAGAAUACGUUGUUGGCACGAUUGAGGCUGCAUCAGAUUCAUGGGGCAUCUCCAUUAGUUUCCUUAGCAUCAUAUUGCUGCCAAUCGUGGGAAAUGCGGCAGAGCACGCCGGUGCUGUCAUUUUUGCUUUAAAGAAUAAGCUGGAUAUAACUUUGGGAGUGUCAUUGGGUUCAGCAACACAGAUUUCCAUGUUUGUGGUUCCAUUAAGUGUGAUGGUGGCGUGGGUGAUGGGCAUUCCAAUGGAUCUUGAUUUUAAAUCAUUGGAGACCGGUGCUCUGGUACUCUCAAUUUUGAUAACAUCAUUUGCUUUACAGGAUGGGUCCUCACAUUAUUUAAAGGGUUUUGUUCUUCUUCUGGCUUAUGUAGUUAUUGGUGCAUGUUUUUUUAUCCUUGGGACACCACCAGACCAACUAAAUGGAGCCAAUGAUAAUACAAUCUCUGCAAACUAUCAUGUUGUGGAGACUUAAUUGUUUGAAGUUGACAUUUCUCAGGGGAAGAAUCUCAAGUGUUAGGCCGUAAUCAGUGUAAACUUAAAAGCCUGGAAGACAAAAUUUUGCUCGCCAUAACUUUUUUUUGGAAGAUAGAGAGAAGUAUUUCCUAUAUGUGGUUGUCAUGUAAAUUGUUAUUGAUUUUUAUCUUUGAAUGAAAAGAAAAAAUAGUAUUUUCCAAGUAAGACUGGUUUC